AUGGCCAUUCCAUCCAUUCUCGAUAACCUCAAGGACGGUGACUCGCCUGACCUGGAACUCGUUCACCCUACCGAAGCGGAAAAGCAGAUACAGUUCAACGCCAACGCCAACGAAUGGCGCGGUGCUCUAUCCAAACCUGCCUACUUUCGUCGCGAGGCCACACUUUCGCAAACAAACCUGACACGUGAUGGCGGCAUUUCAUACUGGAUCCUAGCUGACCCUGACAAGACUGUGUCGGAAGACCCUUGGAACCCAAGUUCAGGCACCCAACUACCAAAGGGCACCCGACUGCCACUAGCGAGCUGCGAAACGAUCCGGAAGAAGGCGCUCGUGUGGGAGAACGGAGAGCUUAAGGAAGUCAUCUGCCAUGGGGUCGGCAGUGUAUUCUGCGCAGAACCUCUCCGCGCGAAGAAGACCGGGAAGAAGACUGAGAGCUAUGCGAGCAGAAUGCUGAAGGAGCUUGGGAAGAAAUUGAAGACUCACCAAACAGAAGAUGGCCAAGAGUCCUUGUUCUCAAUCCUGUUUUCUGACAUCGGGCCAAAAUACUACGCCAAGUUCGGCUGGGAACCUUUUACUUCGUCACACGUCUCUAUCCCCUCGAGCACAUUUCAAGAUACGAGCAGCCUACCUACCGCUAAGCCACUCUACGCGCGGGACCUGGAGGAACUAUGCAAGAUCGACGAAGCCCUUCUCCGCCGGAGCCUAGAGUCGCGACCCAAGAAUAGCAACAUCGCAGUCGCAAUACUUCCCAACAUCGAGACGAUCCAAUGGCACCACGCGCGUGAAGAAUUCGUAGGUAACGAGCUGCACGGUAAGAAGCCGGAGAUCAAAGGCGCGGUUGUCGGUACCGAGAAGGGCAAGCGCGUUUGGUGCUACUGGACCAGGAUGUGGUACAACGAGAACCCAGCUGAAGCCAAGGGCAACACACUGCAUAUCCUACGUUUGGUAAUCGAGGACGAUGGCUUUGAGGGCUCUUCGGGUAGCACGAACGGCGGAUCGAAGAGCCACAGUCACGAAGACGCCAUCGCGGCGCUCAUGGCAAUGGCCCAGCAGGAGGCGCAGAAAUGGAAGAUGGAGAACGUAGAGAUGUGGGCGCCUUCGCCGGCGGCACUGGCAGCUGCAAAGAAGCUGGACCCGGCUGCAGAGCUCACUGUGAGGCAACAGGAGAGCAUCGCGGCCUUACAGUGGUUUCCAGAACACGACGGACCGGUUGCUGACAAGAUUGACUGGGUCGCGAAUGAGAAGUACGGGUGGUGUUGA